AGCAGUGUGUGUGCUGGACCUAAGGAGUGUGGACAGACCCACCCUCACACCCACCAUGGCGUGGAGUACGUCUACAAUCUGUGUUCUGGCCCUGGCUUUGACCAGUGGCCUCCAGGUGAACGCAAUGAGGGUGUUCUUGCAAACAAACAUGGACAUGAUGACUAACAGUGCCAUAAGUUCUGCUCAUAAUGGACAGGUGUGCAGUACUUGGGGAAACUUCCACUACUCCACAUUUGAUGGUGAAUUCUUCCAGUUGCCCUACGCCUGUAACUACAUACUUACCACCAUGUGUGACAGUACCCGGUCUGACUUCAACAUCCAGAUGAGGAGGGAAUACAUUGGUGGCGUCGCUGCAAUUAGAUCUUUUAACAUGAAGCUGGAAGGGACAGUAAUUAUGCUUCACGAAGGCAACAUUACCAUGGACAACAAAGUAUUGACUAUCCCAGGCUAUUAUAAUGGAAUUCGGGUUGAGAAAGUGACCAAUUACAUUAAAAUCAGCUCCAAGCUAGGAGUGACAGUGUUUUGGGAUGAAGACAACUCUCUCUCGAUUGAGCUCUCCAAAGACUAUAUGAAUCAAACAUGUGGACUCUGUGGGGACUUCAAUGGCAUCAUGCAGAAUGAGUUCAUUGAAAAUGGUCAACACUUACCUCCAGAAGAAUUUGCCCUUAAAUGGAAGAUGGAUGCACCCACUGAAACAUGUCAGCAGAAGCAGGUCAAUUCCCCGGAACUGUGCCAGGAACAGACAGGCCUAUGUCAAGAACUGCUUUCUCACCCCUCAUUCGAAAGCUGCCAUAACUUGUUACCCACAUACGUGUAUUUCAAAGCAUGUGUUAAAGACCUGUGUCAGUGCAACAGCAGUCAGAAUGUUUGCCUAUGCGACACAAUAUCAGAGGUCUCGCGUCAGUGUGCACAUGCCGGGGGUAAACCUGGGAACUGGAGAUCUGAUGAACUCUGUGGAAAAACAUGUCCAUCAAGCAUGGUACACAGUGAGUGUGGGAAUCCAUGCACAGACACCUGCUCUAACCAGGAAGGAAGCCAAAUCUGUGCAGAUCACUGUGUGGAUGGAUGUGUCUGUCCACCUGGAACUGUGCUAGAUGAUAUUGCGCAGACUGGCUGCAUCUCUGUUGAUGAGUGUGCCUGCACCCACAAUGGUGAAACCUAUCAGCCAGGAGAAUCAUUUCAAAGGACUUGUCAAGAAUGUGUUUGUUCAAAAGGUCGGUGGAAUUGCAUUAGUCUGGACUGCCCUGGCACCUGCUCCUUGUUGGGAGGGUCUCACAUCACCACAUAUGAUAGAAAAGCUUACAGCUUCCAAGGAAACUGCGAUUAUAUUCUUUCAAAGGAUAACAGUAAUGAUGUGAGCGUGCUGGUGCAUCUGGCACGUUGUGGUUUGGCAGAGGGGGGAACAUGCCUGACUUCUGUGAAAAUCAUCUCAUCAUAUUCUGUUACAAUCACAGCCACCGGCACCGUACUUGUAAACAAUGUUGAAAACAAGCUUCCAAUUUUUACUGAUCAAGUGAAAAUCUUCAAGCCUUCUACAUUCUUCAUCAUUGUGCAGACGCCUAGUCUUAAGACCGUCAUUCAGCUUGUUACAGUUAUGCAGGUGUACGUGGAAGCCAGCACACAACAAAAGGGAACACUGAGCGGUCUGUGCGGAAACUUUAAUGACAUGCAGGCAGAUGAUUUUAAGACAGAAUCAGGUCUCACAGAGGGGACAGCCACAACAUUCGCCAGCACAUGGAAAACCACGAUUUGUCAAGAUUCUGGUCCUACUCUCUAUGACCCCUGUAGUAUGAGUGUGGAAAAAGAAAAUUAUGCCAAGGAGUGGUGUGAGAAGCUCAGUAAUCCAGCAGGAGUUUUUUCUCCCUGUCAUUUAGAGCUCAACCCAAAAGAUUACGUAGCGAGAUGCAAAUAUGAUGCAUGCAUCUGUGACCAAAGUGAGGAGUGCAUGUGUGCUGCUGUGUCUUCCUAUGUUUAUGCAUGUGCUGCCCGAGGCGUAAUGCUGAAAAACUGGAGAGCUAACAUGUGCAGCACAUACACAACGAAAUGUCCAGGCAAUAUGGAGUACUCCUAUAACCAGACCAGCUGUAGGAAGACCUGCCGUUCUCUUAGUGAAAAUGACCGGACAUGCCAUUUGUCCCAUACACCUGUGGAUGGUUGUGGUUGUGCCAAGAACACUUACCUCAAUGACAUGAACGAAUGUGUUCCUGCCUCUGAGUGCCCCUGUUAUGUCGAUAGUGAGGUCAUGGCCCCCUUGCAGGUCAUCAGCAUGGCUGGAAGCACAUGCACUUGCAGAGAUGGCAAAAUGCACUGCAUAGGACAUCAGGAAAUUACUACCUGCACAGCUCCUUUGGUCUACUUCAACUGUUCAGACACUGAACCUGGACAAAAAGGAACAGAGUGUCAGAAUAGUUGCCACACACCAGACUCAAAUCAGUGUACAAACACACAGUGUAAAUCCGGGUGUGUAUGUCCUGAGGGUCUACUGGCUGAUGGGCAAGGAGGAUGUGUGCAAGAAGAGAACUGUCCUUGUAUUCAUAAUGGAGUGUUUUACCAAACUGGAGAGAUUGUAAAGGCAGACUGCAACAACUGCACUUGUAAAAACAGAAAGUGGAUCUGCACUGAAAAGGAAUGUUCCAGAAUAUGUACUAUUUACGGUGACAGUCAUUACAUUAGUUUUGAUGGUAGGAGAUUUACUUUCAAUGGCAACUGUGAAUACACUUUGGCCCAGGACUACUGCGGCAACAGCAACAGUGGUACAUUUCGUAUCAUCACAGAGAAUAUCCCCUGUGGCACCACUGGAACCACCUGCUCCAAAGCUAUUAAAAUAUAUUUAGGGGACAAACAGUUGCUACUGUCAGAGGAGAAUAUAAAAUCUUUGAAUCAUGAUAAUGGCACAGAGAUCCCUUAUAAAAUACAUUCUGUGGGGAUAUACUUGGUUAUUGAGGCCGAAAACAGUCUGGCCCUAUUUUGGGAUAAGAAGACAAGCCUAAUGGUCAAACUCAGCCCCUCGUUUAAGGGCAAAGUGUGUGGACUUUGUGGCAAUUAUGAUGGAAACUGGAAUAAUGAUUUUAUGACUCGUGGUGGAGAGGAAGUGACUCAGGCAACUGAAUUUGGAAACAGCUGGAAAGUUUCUGCUACAUGUCCUAAAGCCAGUAAUAUCCACAACCCCUGCGAUAUGAGACCUUAUCGGCAGGCCUGGGCCAUAAAACAAUGCAGCAUUCUCAAGAGUGAUGUCUUUAGCAAAUGUCACUCAGUAGUGGACCCAACUCAAUAUUACGAUGCUUGUGUGCGAGACACAUGUGCCUGUGAUGCUGGUGGAGAUUGUGAGUGUUUCUGCACUGCUGUGGCAGCCUAUGCUUCAGCAUGUAGUGGUCAAGGAGUCUGUAUAAUGUGGAGGACCCCAACCAUUUGCCCAUUGUUCUGUGACUACUAUAAUAGAGAUGAAGGCUGUGAGUGGCACUACAAACCCUGUGGAAAGUCUUGCAUGAAAACCUGCAGGAAUCCCACAGGAGCCUGCUACAGUGAAAUUCCUCCAUUAGAGGGAUGUUUUCCCCAGUGCCCUUCAGACAGGCCAUACCUGGAGGAGGCAACAAAUAAGUGUGUUGCAAGAGAGGAAUGUGGCUGCUAUGAUGAUGAAACUAAUACAUACUACAGUGUUGGAGACAGGAUUCCUACAACACAGAACUGCAUGAAAUGCUAUUGUACUGCACAAGGUCGUUCUUGUCAAUACAGCCAGACAGAUUGCUCUUGUGAGUAUAAUGGGCAGAAAUAUGAAACUGGAAAGAUAAUAUACCACACAACAGAUGGAGAUGGAGCAUGUCUCACUGCUAUAUGUGGGCAAAAUGGAACAAUUGUCAGGAACCUAAGCCAUUGUCCAACUGAGACAGCACCUACAACACCUGUCACAAUUUUUAAUUUCACAUCAUCCAUAACUACUGUAAUUCCACCAACAAUAACAGAAACAAUGUCUCCAACAAUAAUACCAACCAUUACAGUAUCUAGUGUAAUUCCCCCAACUACUACAACAGGAACAGUUUCUACAACAAUAGUGGAAACAUCAAGCAUGGCCACUGAACCACCUGCUACUUCAACACCACCACCACCACCAACCUCUUCCACAUCAACUACUGUAAUUUCUCCAACUCCAAUGGGAACGGUUUCCACAACAAUAGUGGAAACAUCAAGCAUGGCCACUGAACCACCUGCUACUUCAACACCACCACCACCAUCACCACCAACCUCUUCCACAACAUUAACUACUGUAACUCCUCCAACUCCAACGGGAACGGUUUCUACAACAAUAGUGGAAACAUCAAGCAUGGCCACAGAACCACCUGCUACUUCAACACCACCACCACCACCACCAACCUCUUCCACAACAUCAACUACUAUAAUUCCACCAUCCACAACUUCAAUAAUAACUGAAACAACAAUAACAAGCCCAAGUAGACCAACUACAACAUCAUGCCAGCCUUGCCACUGGUCAGAGUGGUUAAACAAUGACUAUCCCCUGAGUACACCAAAUGGAAAAGACAUUGAAUCUAUACCUACUUUGUGGAAAUCAGGACUCAUUAGCUGUGAGAAACCAGUAGAAAUUGAGUGCAGGGCCUCACAAUAUAAAGAUCAGCCUUUAUCAACCUUGGGUCAGAAGGUAACAUGCGAUAUUACUGUUGGUCUGAUUUGUGAUGACAAAGAACAAAAUGGAGAGCAUUGUUUUGAUUAUGAAAUAAGGGUGAAAUGCUGUGACAAUGACUGCACUCAAGCUACAACAGCACCAACAACUAAAGUUUCUUCAACAACACCAGCAAGCACUAUAAUAACUACUGUAAUUCCACCAACUCCAACGGGAACGGUUUCCACAACAACAGUGGAAACAUCAAGCAUGACCACUGAACCACCUGCUACUUCAACACCACCACCACCAUCACCACCAACCUCUUCCACAACAUUAACUACUGUAAUUUCUCCAACUCCAACGGGAACGGUUUCCACAACAAUAG